CGCUCCCCCUCACCGCCCACUCCCCUGCUGUUGCGCGGCGGCGGCGGCGGCUCCUCCCGCCCGAGGCAGUCGGGCUCGGCGCCGGGGGCGGGAGGGGGCGGGGGGAGCGCGCCAGCCGCCCGGAGUGGGGGGCGAUGGCGAAGCUCCGGGUGGCUUACGAGUACACGGAAGCCGAGGACAAGAGCAUCCGGCUCGGCUUGUUUCUCAUCAUCUCCGGCGUCGUGUCGCUCUUUAUCUUCGGCUUCUGCUGGCUCAGUCCCGCGCUGCAGGAUCUGCAAGCCACGGCGGCCAACUGCACGGUGCUGUCGGUGCAGCAGAUCGGCGAGGUCUUUGAGUGCACCUUCACCUGUGGCGCCGACUGCAGGGGCACCUCGCAGUACCCCUGCGUCCAGGUCUACGUGAACAACUCCGAGUCCAACUCCAGAGCGCUGCUGCACAGCGACGAGCACCAGCUCCUGACCAACCCCAAGUGCUCCUAUAUUCCUCCCUGUAAAAGAGAAAAUCAGAAGAACUUGGAAAGUGUCAUGAAUUGGCAACAGUACUGGAAAGAGGAGAUCGGUUCCCAACCAUUUACUUGCUAUUUUAAUCAAUUUCAAAGACCAGACGAUGUGCUCCUGCAUCGCACGCAUGAUGAGAUUGUCCUCCUGCAUUGCUUCCUCUGGCCCCUAGUGACAUUUGUGGUGGGCGUUCUCAUUGUGGUCCUGACCAUCUGUGCCAAGAGCCUGGCAGUCAAAGCAGAAGCCAUGAAGAAGCGCAAGUUCUCUUAAAGGGGAGAAGGCUCAUGGAAAGCAAAGCACAGAAGCUGCACCCAACGGCACACGUCUCCCUGCAGAGCCCAUUUCCUGGCACAGGAGAUGGAAGGGGCUAUGCGAGGUCUCCGAGAGGCUCCUGCCUCGAUGGCAGCAGAAACAGGCACAACUGGAAGACUCGGAACCUCAUAGAUUGUAUGCCAUGUGUCAUAGCGAUGGCUAAGGGGUCAAGCUCUUAACCUUAUGGAGUAACCAUUUCAGAAAACCCUAUAAGAAGUUAAUUUUCUUUGGAAAGCAACCGUAUAUAAUUGUACAGUGUAGUAUACAAACUAUUAUGAUUUAUGCUACUUAAAAAUAUUAAAAUAGAGUGGUCCAUGUUUUUUUUUCUA